UCUCCAUUUUGUAUGUUUUUCCUGGAGGUUAGCACCUACUUCCCCAACGGCUAGCAGCGCAGCUCAGGCAGUGUGACAUUUUUUGCAUGACUACUCACUGCAAAAUCGGACCCGGGAAACUGAAAAGCAGACAGAACACACCCAGAUUCACGAGUCCUGCCGUUUGGUGUAGUCAUGUAGCGACGAUACGACGAGUGGGGAGUAACAGAAUCAGUCAGCGUGUUGUGAACUGCCACUUUCAACCAAAACAAUGUUGACUGAUGACCUGUGGACUCUUAUUAGCAGCCUGUCAUAUCAAGGAUGGAUCAAGGUGGAGUGAAGAAGAUAGCGUACAGAAGAAAUGACCAUCUAAGCAAACUGGUCUACACUGAAAGCCCUGAGGAGGGAGGUCUUCUAAAGGUGGCUCCUCACAGUGCCAUGUCCAUCACCUCUCCUCCUUCUGUUGUUCUUCCAUCCAGCCCAUUAAUGCAGCCUGGACAGGUGACCAACGGCCUCAGCAACAGCCCACUUCCAGAGGAGCUUGCUUCAGCCCCUGCCACGAUCGGUUCCUCGGUUGACAGUUCAGAAACCAGGGGCCUGACCAAAGAUCAGAGGCCUGAAGAGCUACAGUUGUUCCAAACGCAGACUUUCAAUACUUUUGGGCAUCAGGUCCUGCCCCAGUUGGAUGCCAGCAUGGCAGACAUUACCCAGUCCUCCAUGGACUCCCUCAUCGGGGGGUCGGAUCCCAACCUAUUUGCUGUGAAAACGGAGGAUUUCUCCAUGGAUAAAAGCGAGCAGGACCCCAACGAUCUGGACCAUGCCUUUGACCACAUUGGCAAAGAUGUGGACAUGAACCAGAAACUGUUCAACGAAACCAGUCUGGAUCUCCUUCAAGAGUUUGACCUCACCGCAUCCCCCUCCGAUUUUUACGUUGGGGACGAUGAUGCCUUUUUGUCCACGCUGGCAGACGAUUCUUUGCUCGCAGACGGGGAAAUGAGAGGGACGACUGAGAGGGACGUGAAACCCUCCGUGGUUGAGAGCGUCGGCACCACCAGAGUCUGCGACAGCAGCAAGGCAUCAAGCCCACUUGAAUCCAAGUCCAAGACUCCUUCUUUGACCCCUACAACCACUUUUCCCGCCGUGGUGAAGAAAGAAAAAGAUACCGGCUUCAUUCAGCUCUGCACACCAGGCGUGAUUAAGAAGGAGAAGACGUCUUCGGGGUAUUGUCAGAUGAGCGGCUCAAGCCCCAUCUCUAUCUGCGGGGUGAGCACUUCAGGGGGCCAGAGCUUCCACUUUGGAAUCAACGCCAGAAACAACGACGCUCUGCAGGAGAAGGACCAGAAACCCGUGUCUGGCUUGUUCCUCCCAGUAACGACCAUCAGUGGAGCCUGGAACCGGAACCAGGGCGACAACUCAGCAAUCCGCAGGGCCAGUGAGAUUUUCUCAAGCUCUCCUUCCUUCUCCUCCAGCUUUGCCAGUUCCAUCUCCAGACAGGAAGGGGGCACUCCAACAUCCACGACCCAGGGAAAGAGCGGGACUCAUAAAAUCUGUCUGGUGUGCUCUGAUGAGGCCUCGGGGUGCCAUUAUGGAGUCCUCACAUGUGGCAGCUGCAAGGUCUUCUUCAAGAGAGCAGUGGAAGGCCAGCAUAAUUACCUGUGUGCUGGGAGGAACGACUGCAUCAUUGACAAAAUCAGGCGAAAGAACUGCCCGGCCUGCCGCUUCCGCAAAUGCCUGAUGGCAGGCAUGAACCUGGAAGCUCGCAAAACAAAGAAGUUGAAUCGCUUAAAGGGCAACCAGAACAGCAACCCGCCAGAGAUGAUGCCUUCGCCGCCGGUCGAGGCUCGCUCGCUGGUGCCCAAGUGCAUGCCUCAACUCGUCCCCACCAUGCUGUCCCUGCUGAAGGCCAUAGAGCCGGACACCAUCUACGCCGGCUACGAUGGCACGCUCCCCGACACGUCCACGCGCCUCAUGACCACGCUGAACAGGCUGGGUGGGCGACAGGUCAUCUCUGCCGUGAAGUGGGCCAAAGCUCUGCCAGGUUUCAGGAACCUGCACCUGGAUGAUCAGAUGACCCUGCUGCAGUGCUCCUGGCUCUUCCUCAUGUCUUUCGGCCUGGGCUGGAGGUCUUACCAGCAGUGCAACGGCAACAUGCUCUGCUUCGCACCAGACCUCGUCAUCAAUGAGGAGCGGAUGAAGCUGCCCUACAUGGCCGAGCAGUUUGAGCAGAUGCUGAAGAUUUCCAGCGAGUUCGUCCGGCUGCAGGUUUCCCAUGAUGAGUACCUGUGCAUGAAGGUCCUGCUGCUGCUCAGCACAGUGCCCAAGGACGGCCUGAAGAGCCAGGCGGUGUUCGACGAGAUCCGCAUGUCGUACAUCAAAGAGCUGGGAAAAGCCAUAGUGAAGCGCGAGGAGAACUCCAGCCAGAACUGGCAGCGUUUCUACCAGCUCACCAAGUUGUUGGACUCCAUGCAUGAGAUGGGCAGCGGACUGCUCAGCUUCUGCUUCUACACCUUUGUGAAUAAAUUCCUGAGCGUGGAGUUCCCCGAGAUGCUGGCCGAGAUCAUCAGCAAUCAGCUACCAAAAUUCAAGGCUGGAAGCGUCAAACCUCUCCUCUUCCACCAGAAGUGACUGUUUCCCGUAGCAGCAACAAUGCCUUAAACUCCCACCACGUCACCUCACCAGCCCGACAAAACCUCCCCACCCCUUCGCCACCUCGGGAAAGAGCAACAACAAAAGGAUUUUACACCAGUAGGGAGCGGUGUUUUCUAGCAGCAAGUGAGCAUCUCUGUGCAGCAGGCUGACGGGUCUGUUGGGGUCAGGGGGGGAAAAGCAAUGUUUGUGUAGGAACCAGACCGUGAGCACAAGACGUUUCGCUGUGUUGAGUAGUCUAAGAUGUAGUGUCUAAUAACGAAUAGGAAAUGUUUGUAAAGCUAAUGGCAAAGAGAAAUAGGCUAACAUUCAUGUUGUCUCAGGUGUCUUACCUUGAAAUUCAGAGCGAUAUCUGAAAUAGAUAAAACAAAAUAUCUAUGUAAAGGUUCUGAUAGUAUUUUCUACAUUUUCAAAGUAACAGUUUAUACACUUUUCCAGGUCAUCGUUGCCCAACGAGGCAACAAAUCGGAAUAACACGCUCUUAUUACGUAGGCUUUUUAUGUUCCACUUUUAGUUUUUAUAGGAGGUUGUAACAAAAUGUUUUUCAGUCGCACAGAUACAACAAUGAAAAAAAACCAACAACAACAGUUUUCUAGUGAUUUUCAAAAGCAUAUUUUAUUUGCUUUGAUUAACAUAUAAAGUUGUGUGGGCCGGUAUCUAAUGGAGUCCUCCCACAAGCAGACCUCUUCCAGGUUUACAUGUCAACUACAAAAGGGAAAAAAAUGUGCCUUUUUUGCUUCGAAUAUCAUCUAAGCCAUUUUUUUCCUGCUAUACGUGAACCUCUCAUCAUCUACCUUCAUUAUAAGUUGAUUGUACUUUUUUAUAUUACACGCAGUUGCAGCUUUUCUCUUUUCUAGUGGCUGUUUAUCUUUACAAAUGGCAGCUCGCUCCAUCCUUUGUGUGUAGAAGUGUUGUUCUCGCUAAGAAAUGAUAUUUAGCCUGCUUCCCUUCCCCUCGAUCCGACGCGCACGUCGGUGCAACGCGAGCACUUGGCGCUCUGCGAAAGGCUUUAAAAGACUGUGAAGAGAGGCUUGGUGUUGUGUAUCGGUCUUUCGAGAAAGACGUAAAGAUGGAAAGUGUGGACUUUUUAUCUUGCCCCAGUAGUCUAAUCUUAGAAGAUAUGUGAUGGAUAUGUGCGUUUCUCAAUCACAAGUGAAAGGGCAUGUAUUGUUGUGCUUGCAAGUUUGUCGUUUUUGAUAAUCGGACGUACUAAUAUCUGUAGAUUUAUUACUGCUAAAAGUGAUUAGAAAAUAACCGUCCUGCACCCUUUCUCGUUUUUUGAUUUUUAACAAUCGUUUUGGUAUAAAUAGUCAAAACGAAGACUUUUCCUCUGAAGAGUCCUCUGAAGACUUUUCCUCUGCAGUACAAACUUUGCUCUUUGUAAGAAUUGGCUAUUGGUACCUUUUAAUCUUGAAACUGCAUUUGUUUUCUUUAAGGAAUAGUUACAUUUUUUGGGAAAACGGUGUUUUGCAAAGAUAUAGAUUGGUAUUACUGUCAUGUCUCUGCUAUAAGCCCAAGUUAAGAACGUGAAAAAGUGAACUCCGUCUGAAAGAAAGAAAGCUCUUACCUCUGUUAUCGACCAUCUGUUUACUGAGAUGAGAGACCUGGUCUCCAUCAGCUGAUCGUCCUUCUCUGUCUGGCACAAUAGCAGGCUAGAGAGCUACUUCAUUGUAAAUAAAAAAAAAAACACAUUAAUAUUCAGAGAUAGAUAUAAUCAAUUAAUACUCAAGUUGUGCCUGAUUUGAUAUAGUUAUAUAAAUAAGUCUUUUUUUUUGUUAAGAAAAUUCUAAAUUAAGUAUUGCACUUAUAAUAAAAUAUGAAUUUGAAUAUGAUGCAGAUGUAAUGGCAAUUUGGAAUCAAAGUAAUCCAUAAACCUUCACAGUCACAGUAGAUUAUUGUACUGCUAAACUUUGCUUUGAAAUGAUAAAAUAGGGUUCGGUGCCAUCCAUUCUGGUGUUUCGUCGACCGCAGGAUAUAAAAUACUGUAAAAUCUCAAAAACUCUGAGCAGCAUGUAGUGCAAAGGGCUUCCAGUACCAUGCUGCUUUUGUGUCAAAUAUGCAUCCAGAAUUCCGCAUUACUGUAGAGACAUGAUAUGUAUUAAUCUCAGGUCUUAGCAAGAACACAACAUAUGAUGGUUUUCCCCAGAAAUCAAUAUAAUCCUUUUCAACAGAAUAAGUAAUGGCUUAAUAAAUAAGCAGCACUUUUGUUCAGGCGUUGGUCGAUCACGUAAACCUCCCACAGAUGCUGAUAGCUGAUAAAUAUCUCCCUGUGUUCCCUCUGCAGCGAAACUUGACCUAAGGUUUGUGUGUAUGUAUGCUGCACCCUUUGCAUGUGUUCUGAUUGUCUGCUACGUAGCCGUGCCCCGACGCCCCGCCCCUUCCCUGCUGCGUUUUUACAGCACUUUGCAUCAGUUACCACAUUGCAGUGAGAAAGAGUCCCAUUACUGACCGCAGAGGCAGGCAGGACUGAUUCUUUUUAUUCUCUGGGAACUGUUUUUGUUUUUUGUUUGCUCUCUUUUUUUUUCCAGUGCCAAACUCCUGUUUUUGUCUAUUUUCAGGGAUGCUAAAAGUUGGUCAGUAUUUGUAUUGUUUUUGGGGUUUUUUUUUAAAUUUUCAGACAAAUCCAAGCAUUAUAGCGUAAACACUUGUCUGAUGAAAGGAGUAAGAAGCCCAGAGCUGCCUGACCUUCAGUCCCACGCAGUAAAGGGGGAGUGUCUGUCGGUGUUUCUGAUUGAUGCGUUGCAACAUCUUUCUUCUAAUCUGCGCAGCUUGUCGUCUGUUUGUCUCCUAACUCCCAAUCUGUCUUUUACUUUAAGAUUUUAAUAUGAAUGUGAUAUUUAGAGAGUUAUUAAUAAAUUAGAUAUGAACUGUUAUUUGUAGAUAUGUCGUGAGCUGUCAGAAAGAAACAAAAUAUGUCAAGUGAACAACUUCAAAGUGCUCACUUUUAUAUAUAUACAUAUAUAUAUAAAUAUAAAACAUGGCAAAGCGAACUGUUUUUAAAUGUUUAUCCCAAAUACAUAAAAAGUACCUAUAUAUGUUUUACUCUGCUCCAGAGCUCAGGUUUUAAAAACAGAUGAUCUGAUUCACACUUAUGUUGAUAUCCACCUUCUGCUCCGAUGUGAAGAACCAAAAGCGUCCGACAGCUUCACACAUGUGUGGCUACUUCUGUGUGUUUUGACGUUUUAUUAUUGUUAAAAGUCAGUCGACAGAUGUGCAAAGUUGUAAGGAAUCUGCCUCCGCCGCUCAUACCGUCUGUAGACUCUAACAAACGUUCUGUUUUCCUCUGAGGUUUAACCAGAACAGAUGAAAAACAUUCUUGCUACCUACCUGUUUGAGGGUUACUUUCACAUUCAGUGUAUCCAAAUCUCUGCUGCUGCUCUUCAUCUUUACAAGUAUAUAUAUAUAGAGAGAGAAAGAAAGAGAUAGAUAUAUGUAUAUACAUAUAAAUAUAUAUGUAAGAAAUCGCACACUUGCCUCAUCUUGCCCAAAAAUGUAUCCUGUUUACAUUUUUGUGCACAACUGAAUAUGCAAUAGAAAAGACAGAUAAUCUAUCACCUUCACCUUGUUUUUGUUUUCCAUCCUUUUUAACACAGUAUAAGCUACUUUCAUACAGGGAAUCUCACUUCUAACUUGUCUCUGCAGGCCAGAUUUUCUUGGGGGGAGGGGGGGAAUAUUCAGAAAAUUGUAAUCACUCACACAAACGACCUAUUUAAUGUUUGAGUACAAGGUGACCAAAGGCGACACAUUACACAUAAUGUCAGUGUAAACUCCAGAGCUCUCAGAUGACAAAUGUACAGCUCUCUUCAGCGGGUCCCGCAAACCCAUUUUUUGUUUUUUUCUUUUUUUUUUAAACAAGUCUUUGGUCAAAUUGUGUGAUACUGUGAAUAGGAUAGGACUUGGGCUUUUUCAUACACAAACUGUUUGUGAAAGUAAUCAACCAGCUUGAAUCUAAGAAAUUGCACUACCCAAAUAUUGUUUGAAAGUCUAUUUUGUAUAAAACAUAUGCAGACAGAAACUAUGAGACUAACAAAGGGCGGAUCACAUUUCACUGGUGUAUGUUUUCUCAGAAAAAAAUGAGCUUUUUUUUUUUGUUUGUUUGUUUUGCCUAAAACAAGUUUAAUAUGUACAUAUAAUCCAUUGUAAAGAACAUGUGGUGUAUUUGUCUUCAGAUGGUUUUUCAGUACCUACCCCUCUGUAUUAUUUCUCCUCUGUAGCGUGACUCUUGUUGAUCUUUCUCCUCCACCGAUUAAAGGUCAAACCGUACGUGUUUGUGUGGUACUUCUCCAGUAAAAGCGUCUGUAUGCUGACGUUGGCCCCAUUCUGAACAUUGGACAUGGUAAGCUUGUUGUAAGCCCCCUCACCCCCCCUUUUCUUUUUUGGGUAACAGCACUUGUUCAAAAAAUAAAUUUCUUUUUCUCCA